UUUUGUUUUUGCCUUUUUGGCCUUCCUCCCGGCAUAAGUCAAAAUCCUUGUAAAACCCUGCCUCGUUUAUUCCUCCGCCGGCACCGCCUCCAAUUUUUCCGAUCGACACCUCCGGUAAAUCCCAAAUUAACCUAGUUCCCCCACGGAAAUGUCGGUGAGCAGAAUUACAUCUCGUUUAUCAACGAUCGUGUUAACUCGGAGCUGCAACUCGCCGCUUUUCUCCGGUCGCCAUGAAAGCAGAUUCGUUUCUUCUGUCAAUCAAUUUUUCUCCCCCGGCGGGAUCCACGAUAAGGUUAUAGAUCAACGGUUUGGAUUCUCGUCAUUUGCAUCACCACCGUCGAAUGCCCAAUCCGUAAAUGAACAAGAAACUCGGACAAAUAAUGAAUCCUUUUCAGCUGUUAAAAAAAGGAGAAGGGGUGCUAAAAGGAUUGCAUUUUCCGAUUCCGAUUCUGAUGACUCGGAUUUGAAGAGCGACCUCUCGAGAGAUGGUCUGGUAAAACUUGUGGCGAAGAAGGAACGACUUUUGUUUGCAAAGCAAGAGGAGAUUGAAAACAUGAAGGAUAAAGUCCUGAGGGCGUUUGCGGAAAUGGAGAAUGUGAAGGAGCGUACUAGGCGAGAAUCGGAGAAUGCAAAGAAGUUUGCCAUUCAGAAUUUUGCAAAGUGUCUUUUAGACGUGGCGGAUAAUUUGAGCAGGGCUUCUUAUGCUGCAAAAGAGAGCUUUACGAAAAUCGAUGUAUCUAAAGAUACUGGUGGAUCUGUUCAACAACUUCAAACGCUACUCGAAGGUGUCGAAAUGACUGAAAAACAACUAUCGGAGGUAUUCAGAAAGUUUGGAUUAGAGAAAUACGAUCCGACAAACGAAGAAUUUGAUCCAAACCGGCAUAAUGCCGUUUUCCAAGUUCCAGAUGCUUCAAAACCAGCAAACCAUGUUGCAGUUGUUCUAAAGGCUGGAUAUAUGCUGCACGACCGAGUCAUUAGGCCUGCUGAAGUUGGUGUUACCGUUGCAAUGAGUUAGGAUAUGCUGAACGAGCUUUUUGAGGCCUGAAACAAUACUGUACAUCUAUUUACUCUUAAUUAUUUCGUCGCUAGUUUUUUUAGAUGAGAAUCACGGUUAAAGAAAAAAUCGAGCACGAUCAAUGAAGCCAAAUUUAGGUGAAAAGUGAAAUGUAAAUUUGUUCCAGAGACAUCCACUUAUCGCUUUGCUUAAUAUAUGUGCAUUAGAGCAUAUAACAAGAACCGAUAAAGCUUUCGUUUU